CCCAUAAUUCAUGUCCGACCCGUUAAGUAAUUCCUCUCCAGAAAACCUCACUUCAUUUACCAGUCGGAAAUGGCGAUAUCCGCGGCAACUGUCGUAAAAGCUCUGUUAAUCUUUGCAGGCACGGCGUAUAUUCUCAUGGCAAUGAGGUCCUUUCUGCCGCUGCUAUUUGAUCUCCCGACGAUUUUGGCCUGGCUCAAGCCUCCAUACAUUUACUUCAUCAUCAACGGAAUCAUCCUCUCCAUAGUAUUCUCCUCUCGUUUCCAGCACGAUCGCCUUGAGAAGCAACUCUCCGGCGGGGUACCUAAGUUGAUCACGGCCAUCACGCCUCCGCCAGCUGAUUUGGCAGCCUUCGCUCAUCCGGAGGCGAAAUCCAUUGUCGGAGAAACGUUUUUGGCGGCGUUCGGCAUCCAAUCGGAGGUGCCGGAGAUGAAGCCGGCGGCGGUGGUUGACGGUGCCAUGGUGUGUUUGAAUGACGAAAAAUUAGCCGAUGAUGGAGCCAUUAUUGAGAAUGAGGCGGCGGAGGACGAAGCUGCUGUUACUAAUUCCGCCAUGGAUCUGUCGCCGGAAUCUGAAACAGAGAUGUUUCUGUCGGUGGCGGCGGAAAAGCCUCUUGCCACUUCACGCUUUGCUCACCGUGGAAAACAGUCGGUGAGAUCCACCCCGGAAGGUGGGAGAGGUUUGAGAGUGGCGAGGCAGAAGAAGCAGCUGGAGACGCUGGAGAGCACGUGGAAGACGAUCACGGAGGGGCGUCAUGCGCCGCUGACGAGGCGCCUGAAAAAAUCUGAUCCCCUUGAGAACCACCAGAACCUGAACCGCGGCGACGCCGCCACGGCAGCAGACGGUGACGCUUCUGGCAAGCGGCCGGUUUCGCGAAACCCGGGAAUGAUGAUUCUGCGGAAAGAGCCUUCUCUGAGUCAGGACGAGUUGAACCGCCGAGUUGAAGCGUUCAUAAAGAAGUUCAACGAGGAGAUGAGGAUACAAAGGCAGGAGUCGUUACAGCAGUGGAAGGAGAUGAUUAACCGUGGGGCCAACUAGUUGUCAUUUCUUUUGCUUUUCCAUUUUUGGCCUUCUUUCCUUUUAUUUAUCUUUUUAAAAAAUCUUUAUAGAAAAUGCUUAGCGAAAAAUUAACUAUUUCUUUUCAGCCCCUGCCUUUUAAAAAACAAGGGCUAUUAUUGACUGUAUAAAAAAAUCUUUAUUAUUUUGUAUUUUAUAAGUGCGUGUAUAUUGUAGAAUGUUAGUAGAUUUGUGUAAGAUUUGUUUGUGAAAUUGAAUAUAUGAACAUUGCUUAAUUUGAAGUAUGUAUUAUGUUUUCA